GCCACAUUUCGUUGAAGUUUCCUGACUUUCGUCUUCGUCCGUCUGCAAGUCAAUCUAAACACAUUGUUGCCCUGUCAAGAAUCAUCAGGAAACAUUAUUUUAUCGGUAAAUUGAUCAAUUUUUACCAGUAAGCAAUUGCCAUGGACUUUCACUGUGAUUUCAGGGUGCAUGGUUUAAAAUUGUCCAUCCUGACUUCUAUAUAAGUGUAGCAAUAGCCAUAAUUCCGCAACAACUAAAACGUUCUGAUCCUCUCAGCAGCAUUUCUCGCUUGUUCUGCAUUUGCAUUUGAAAGCAAUGGCAGCAUGUAUUGAUAAUUCAACAAAACACUAUUUAUAUCUCACAGCUGAUUCUUCCUCCUGCCAAAUAACUAAUUCCGUCUGCAGGUUGAUUAGACUCUGCAGGCCGAGCGCUUCAGAUCUCGGUUCCUGUAAUCCCAUAUACCAGUAUGCUUCUUGCGCCAAUAGGUUCGAUAAUUCUUUUAAAGUCGGUCCUCAAGAAUGCAGCGAAGAUCACAUAUGGCUGAAAAUAAGACAGGAGGCAGAGUUGGAUAUAAUGCAAGAGCCCAUCUUGUCAAAGUGGUAUCAUUCCACGGUAUUGUCCCAUAGUUCACUGGAGAGUACAUUGGCGAACCAUUUAGCUAACAAGUUGUGCAAUGCAGAUCUAUCAAAAGAUGGCCUUUAUUCUGUUUUCUUGAAGGCACUAGAUGAAGACAGUGAAAUCCAGCAAGCUGUAAGAGAUGAUCUAAAGGCCAUGAGAGAGCGUGAUCCUGCCUGUGUAAGUUACGUUCUCGGCUUUUUGAAUUUCAAGGGGUUCCUAGCAUGCCAAGCCCAUAGACUGGCUCAUAAUUUCUGGGUUCAGAAAAGAACUGUGCUUGCGCUGCUUAUUCAAAGUCGAGUUUCAGAAGUUUUUGCAAUGGAUAUCCAUCCAGGAGCAAAAAUCGGACGUGGAGUGAUGUUUGAUCAUGGGACUGGCGUUGUAAUUGGAGAGACUGCAGUUAUAGGAAACAACGUCACAAUUUUGCACGACGUGACAUUAGGGGGCACAGGGAAGGUUCAGGGGGACAGGCAUCCCAAGAUUGGAGAUGGAGUUCUGAUAGGGGCAGGGGCUAAAGUUCUGGGGAAUGUCAAAGUUGGAGAAAAUGCAAAAAUUGGUGCUGGAUCCAUUGUCUUGAAGGAAAUUCCACCGCAAGGCACCGCUGUCGGAAAUCCUGCCAGACUAGUUGGAUUGAGAUGAACAGCCUUUGCUUGUGUUAUUCCUGAGAUGCUCUGCCUUUGGCUAUUUGUUUUUCCUAUGCUCAACUUCUGUAUGUACAUAGUAUCAGUAGAAAGAUAUGGCUGUAUGAGUUCACACACGUUUUUGUACCACAAUUUUCACUUUUGAAUUCCUCAGUCUAGUAUGGUUGGAAACUUGUUCCCUUCUUAAUUAGUGUAUCAACAUUAUUUAAUC